UGUGUACGCUGUUAGCUCUUUACAAGGAAAGUGUGGCUAUUCAGUAACCAGAAAAAAUCCGAUAAUUUCUUGGUAAACAAACAAAUAAACCCAUAUCUUCCCUCUUCUUUCUCACUCUGAGAGAAGCGAGCAUGGUGGUCUCCUCCAGUUCACCCUCAAUACUCCCUUCUACAUAUUCCUUUCCUUCAAAUCAUAGCAAUGACUCCAAAUCCAAUCUUAAAUCAUUAUCGAAACAACCCAAGUUUGCUUCUUUGCGUUUUUCUCAUACAUCAUCUUUAAUAAAUAUCGUAGCUUUCUCUUCUUCUUCCAAUAAUAAUAGUCAGUCCAUUGAAGAUGACUCCACCGACCAGUUUUCUCAAAACAAUUCAAUUGCUGAUUUCAUGAGAUUUAAAAGAGGUACUGAUACAAGUAAGGGAGAAUUGCAGACUGCUCUUGUUAGUUACAAAAAGAGGUUCCCUUGGUCUCUUCUCAACCCUUUUCUUCGGGUUGAUUUGGUUUCCACCAUUCACAUUGCAGAUAAAGAUUACUUCACUACACUCCAGAAGGAACUUGAGCCCUAUGAUUGUGUCCUCUAUGAGAUGGUGGCUAGUAGGGAGAUAUUAGAGAAUAGAAGAGACCCUGCUGCUAUAAAAAGGCUGAGAAGUUCACGUUCAAGAGGAUUUAACAUUAUAGGGUUUAUUCAGCGACAGAUGGCUCGAAUCCUUAUGCUUGAUUUCCAGUUAGACUGUCUUGAUUACCAGGCUGAAAAUUGGUAUCACGCAGAUCUUGACUAUGAGACCUUCAAGCUACUUCAGCAUGAAAAAGGAGAGAGUUUCUUUACAUUUGCGAGAGAUAUGACAAUCAGAUCAACAAAAGCCAUGGUGCAGUCUACUUCAAUUCCAGCAGAACUUGGUCCCUGGAGAUCCAAACUUCUAUGGGCUUCUCGUGUACUUCCAAUGCCACUUGUAGGCCUUCUCAUCAUUGGAGGUGUUUGUGAUGUGGGGAGUCAGGCAUCAGAAUAUCCAGAGCUAGAAGCAUUGUCUAGGCUUGACUUUGGUGCUGCAAUGAAGCUUUUCCUAGCAAAGCGACUAACAUCUGAGUUCACGCAAGUGACAACGGAUAUGGAAGAGAAAUCAGUGAUCAUUGGCGAGAGGAACAAGGCAGCAAUGGAGGCACUUAAAAGAGCAAUUAAUGACGGCCACAAUAAGAUUGCUGUACUGUAUGGUGGCGGCCACAUGCCGGACUUGGGAAGGCGCUUGCGAGAGGAAUUUGACUUGAUCCCAUCAGAAGUGCAAUGGAUAACAGCUUGGUCUAUCAGGCAACGACGCUUGAAUAGCACUUCCUUCCCAUUCCUGACAAGAAUGGCACAAGUAUCGGGUUGGCCAUUGAAUCGCUACCAAACUUUGGCAUUGCUGAUAUUUUCAACAGUCCUUGCAAUAGAUCUUUGGUUUUGGGAGCUCUUUUUUGGCACUACGGCGAAUUGGAUCUCACAGAUUGCUUAUCAAGUUAAUCAAUAUGUUACUCAUUGAUACUUCUCUCUUUGCUUCUGUAAAUAUUGUCAAACUAAGUUUAACAGAUAAAAAAUGUAUUUGUUUAGAGUCAA